AUGUUGCACAGGGAGCUGCAGGUCUUUAGCAGCUCCUACUCUAUUUCUCUGGUGAUGGAGACAGUGGUGGAAGCAGAACUCUGUUUUCCAGAACUUGGCAACUCCUCCUGCAAAAAGCACCUCCGUCCCCGCUCAGAAGCAUUGCUCAUUUAUUCAGUGCUGUGCUGCAUCUCUCUGCUCACUGUGGUUCUCAACCUGCUGGUCAUCGUCUCCAUCUCUCACUUCAGGCAGCUCCACACUCCCACCAACCUCCUCCUCCUCUCUCUGGCUGUGUCUGAUUUCCUUGUUGGUCUCAUUGUGAUGCCAUUUGAAAUUGUCCUGAAUGAAACCUGCUGGCUCCCGGGUGACCCAUUGUGCGCUGCCUAUUAUAUCCUACCUUUUAUUGGCGUCUCUGCCUCCGUAGGAAACAUGGUGCUGAUAUCAGUGGACCGGUAUGUGGCCAUCUGUGACCCUCUGCGUUACCCGACCAAAGUCACUCAAAGUGCUGUUAAAGUCUGUGUCCUCUUGUGUUGGUUUAACUCUGCUCUCUAUAACCUUGCAUUUUUAUUCAAUAACCUAAAACAGUCAGACAAAUUUUACUCCUGCCAUGGAGAAUGUGCGAUUAACAUAAAUGGAGCUGUUGACCUUAUGAUAAGCUUCUUUAUCCCCAUCACAGCCAUUGUCCUUAUGUACAUGAGGGUGUUUGUGGUGGCUGUGUCUCAGACUCGUGCCUUGCGCUCACAGAUUACAGCUGUCAAAAGCAAACAUUCACUGACUGUUCAGAAAUCCGAGCUGAAAGCAGCAAGGACUCUUGGAGUUGUCGUUGCUGUGUUUCUCCUUUGUUACUGUCCAUAUUAUUGUGUGACCCUCUCUGGGUAUAACCUCACAAUGGUUUCAUCUACUAAAGCCUUUUUAGAUUUUCUGGUGUUGUUCAACUCAUCCCUGAACCCUGGGAUCUACACCUUUCUCUAUCCCUGGUUUAGAAAAAGCAUUAAGCUCAUAGUGACAUUAGCCAUUUUGCAGCCAAAUUCCAGCAAGGCCAAAGUAAUGUAG